AUGUCCAGAGCCCUUGAUGUCCUGCCAGUGAAGGAGGAGGAUGUCCUCAAGUUCCUUGCAGCAGGAACCCACUUCGGUGACACUAAUUUUGACUUCCAAAUGGAACAGUACAUCUAUAAAAUGAAAAGUGGUGGCAUCUACAUCCUAAAUCAGAAGAAGACCUGGGAGAAGCUUCUGCUGGCAGCUCAUGCCAUUGUUGCCAUUGAAAACCCUGCUGAUGUCAGUGUCAUAUCCUCCAGGAAAACUGGCCAGAAAGCCACGCCGUUGUUUGCUGCUGUCACUGGAGCCACUCUUGUUGCUGGCUGCUUCACUCCUAGAACAUUCACUAACCAGAUACAGGCGGCCUUCCGGGAGCCACAGCUUCUGGUGGUUACUGAUCCCAGGGCUGACCACCAGCCCCUCACAGAGGCAUCUUACAUUAACCUACCUACCAUUGCUCUGUGUCACACAGAUUCUCCUCUGCACUAUGUGGACCUUGCCAUUCCAUGCAACAACAAGGGAGCUCACUCAGGGGGUUUGACGUGGUAG